CUGCGAACCCUUCCCAGCGCACCCUGUUUAUCUCUCUCGUUGGCUUCAAAUAAUUGCUAUUCCGUUCCCCUACGAGCUUAGGUUACCGUCCUAGUCCGAUUACCGCUACACACUGUACACUACUCUACGACCUGCAAUUUCUCCUACCAGUAACUGAAAAUGUCAGCCGAAAGAAGCGCAGAUGUUAACGGCAAGGCGCCAGUCCAGCAACCUACUAACCCUGCCCGCGCACCUGGUGCGGGUCUGGUUAAUGUGCAACCAGCUCGCUUGGACGAUCUGCAACCCAAGUAUGCGCAGCAAAUCCAGCACGGUGAAGAUAACCCCGAUGCGCACGGAUGGUAUGCUUCAUUCAUUCACGGGCUUGGUGAAUGUCUUGGUUGCCUGGGUGCCAUUCCAUGCUGUUUCUGCUGCCCCAACCCCUUCAAACCAGUCGCGCAGGGUGAAGUCGGCCUGAUCACGAGAUUUGGAAGAUUCGAACGUUCCGUCGAUCCCGGUCUGGUCAAAGUGAACCCACUGAGCGAGCAUCUUACAGCGGUGGAUGUUAAGAUUCAGAUCGUCGAAGUGCCCCGUCAGAGCUGCAUGACCAAGGACAAUGUCAACCUGAACCUCAGUUCCGUGAUCUACUACCAGAUCGUUUCUCCCCACAAAGCCGCAUUUGGUAUUUCCAAUGUCCGUCAGGCACUGGUGGAGCGUACUCAGACUACACUGCGUCAUGUCAUCGGCGCAAGAGUUCUGCAGGACGUUAUUGAACGCCGUGAAGAGAUCGCUCAGUCGACUUCAGAGAUAAUCGAGGACGUUGCUGGUGGAUGGGGUGUCCAGGUUGAGUCCAUGCUCAUCAAAGACAUCAUCUUUAGCGAAGACUUGCAGGACUCUCUUUCUAUGGCUGCGCAGUCGAAGCGUAUCGGUGAAAGUAAGGUUAUUGCUGCUCGUGCUGAGGUCGAGUCGGCCAAAUUGAUGCGUCAGGCCGCUGAUAUCUUGUCUUCUGCACCUGCGAUGCAAAUCCGCUAUCUCGAGGCGAUGCAAGCCAUGGCCAAGACAGCCAACAGCAAAGUCAUCUUUUUGCCGGCAAUGAACCAGACUGUGCAACAACAAAUGGCUGCGGCAGAGAAUGCUGGCGAAGGCCCUAGUCGAUACCAACAGCCUGAUGAUGGAUUCCAGCGUGCAAUGAAUGCGCGCGUGGUCGAAGACAUCUAGGUGCGGUGUGCCACAUGAUUUGAUGGCUUGAUAGCGCUGGAGAGGACCAUUGCCUGGUUUCUGAUGAGAAUAUGCUAAUGACGCUGAACAAUAUCUAUGUAUUUGGAGACACCACAAGGCCGGAUAGCCUUGUGUCUUUCCACUCACUUGUUCCCCAUUUUUGCUUGGGGUCCUAUCUGGCUUUGACGAUACCCACAUUCUUUUGUUACAUGCUUGUGUAUUA